CAGCCGCACUUUUCAGGCUCUGCUCGUACCUCGGGAGCCGCGGAGGCGCGACGCGGGCGGAGGGGGGAAGCCGGGAUUUUCCCCGGCCAUGUCUGCCCGGGGGACAGCCGCCAGCCGCCACCUCCGCGCCGCUCCUUGUCGCGGGUCCCYAGCCCCGAGCCGAGCCGGGCGUUUGCUCCGCGGGGGACACGGCGUUGGGCGGCCCCACCGCCCGCUGACCGGGGCAUCACCCCUGCCGUUCCUGUCCCCUGCCCGCCGCUCCGGGGAGGGCGCGGGGGGCCGAGGGGGACCCGCCGGCUUCUGGGACUUGUAGUGCGGGCCGCGGCCGCCGCUGCUCCCCCGGCCUGGCCCGGGACUACGGUGCCCACAUGGCCUUGCGCCCCGGCGCAUGAGCGCUCGGGCGCUGUAGCGCAUCUAUUAUACUGCCUUGCCGAGGAUAAAAAGAAGAGCAACUGGAGGGACUAUAAGGCAAACGUUGCUGGAGCUGCCGGGGCAAAUUUGCUCUAGGUUGUAUGGUUGCACCCUGGAAAUGGGAUGUCAGUCCCAUUCAGGGAGCAUAAAGGAAGAAAGAAAAUCUCCCCGUUGCUGCCGCAGUGACAGCGAGUGAGAGCCCGAGCAGGAAGAUGUCGACAGUCACUUCAGCCAUCCAGGCUCCUCAGGGCCCUGUGAAUCCGCCGCCUCCGGAGGUGACUAAUCCCAAUAAACCUGGCCGGAAAACCAACCAAUUGCAAUAUAUGCAAAAUGUUGUGGUGAAGACUUUGUGGAAGCAUCAGUUUGCUUGGCCUUUCUACCAGCCUGUUGAUGCAAUUAAACUGAAUUUGCCGGAUUAUCACAAAAUUAUAAAAAACCCCAUGGACAUGGGGACGAUCAAGAAGCGCCUGGAACACAACUAUUACUGGAGUGCCAGUGAAUGUAUGCAGGAUUUCAACACCAUGUUUACAAACUGUUACAUUUAUAACAAGCCCACAGAUGACAUUGUCCUCAUGGCCCAAGCCCUGGAGAAGAUAUUUCUGCAGAAGGUUGCCCAGAUGCCUCAGGARGAGGUGGAAUUGCUACCCCCAGUUCCUAAAGGCAAAGGUCGCAAGCCCUCAGCGGGCACACAGAGCGCAGGAGCGCAGCAAGCCGUGGCCGUGUCUUCCGUGUCCCCGCCGGCCCCGUUCCAGAACGUCCCUCCAGCCGUGUCUCAGACGCCCGUCAUCGCUGCCACCCCCGUGCCAACCAUCACCGCCAAUGUCCCGCCUGUCGCCGCCCCUGCCGCCGCCGCCCCGCCCCCGCCCGCCGCUCCGAUCAUGCCCGUGGUGCCUCCCACGCCCCCGGUCGUCAAGAAAAAGGGAGUGAAGCGGAAAGCAGACACRACCACCCCCACCACCUCUGCCAUCACUGCCAGCAGGAGCGAGUCCCCCACGCCCCUGUCGGACCCCAAACAGGCCAAAAUCAUCGCGCGCAGGGAGAGCGGCGGCCGCCCCAUCAAACCACCAAAGAAAGACCUGGAAGACGGAGAGGUUCCCCAGCAYGCAGGGAAGAAGGGCAAACUCUCUGAGCACCUCAAGUACUGUGACAGCAUCCUCAAGGAGAUGCUCUCCAAGAAGCACGCAGCCUAUGCAUGGCCCUUUUACAAGCCCGUGGAUGCUGAGGCCUUGGAAUUACAUGACUAUCAYGAUAUUAUCAAACAUCCCAUGGAUCUCAGUACUGUGAAAAAAAAGAUGGACAGUCGGGAAUACCAGGAUGCACAAGGUUUUGCAGCAGAUAUUCGGUUAAUGUUCUCUAAUUGUUACAAGUACAAUCCUCCAGACCACGAGGUGGUGGCCAUGGCCAGGAAGCUCCAGGAUGUGUUUGAGAUGAGGUUUGCAAAAAUGCCCGAUGAGCCUGCAGAGGCCCCCCCUCCACCUCCCCCAACAGCCCCAGUGGUGAGCAAAAGCACAGAGAGCAGUCACAGCAGCGAGGAAAGCUCCUCUGACUCCGACAGCUCCGACUCGGAGGAGGAGCGGGCGACGCGGCUGGCAGAGCUCCAGGAGCAGUUGAAAGCCGUCCAUGAGCAGCUGGCUGCACUGUCGCAAGCGCCAGUGAACAAACCAAAGAAAAAAAAAGAGAAGAAGGAAAAAGAGAAGAAAAAGAAAGAUAAAGAGAAGGAGAAAGAAAAGCACAAAGUAAAAGCUGAGGAGGAGAAGAAACCCAAGGUGGCUCAACCACCAAAACAAACCCAACAAAAGAAAGCCCCAGCUAAGAAAGCAAACAGCACAACCACAGCUAACAGGCAGCCCAAGAAAGGAGGCAAACAGGCAUCUGCAACCUACGACUCGGAUGAGGAGGAGGAAGGGCUGCCCAUGACCUAUGAUGAGAAACGACAGCUCAGCCUGGACAUCAACCGCCUGCCCGGGGAGAAGCUGGGCAGGGUGGUGCACAUCAUCCAGUCCCGGGAACCUUCCCUCAGAGACUCCAAUCCCGACGAGAUUGAAAUAGAUUUUGAAACCUUGAAGCCCACAACUUUACGAGAACUGGAGAGAUACGUGAAAUCUUGUUUACAGAAAAAACAGAGGAAACCGUUUUCUGCCAGUGGCAAAAAGCAAGCAGCAAAAUCAAAAGAAGAGUUAGCUCAGGAAAAGAAGAAAGAACUAGAAAAGCGAUUACAGGACGUCAGUGGGCAGCUAAACAACAACAAGAAGCCUGCAAAGAAAGAGAAAUCCGGCUCCACUCCCUCCGGAGGCCCCUCCCGGCUCAGCAGCAGCAGCUCCUCCGAGUCCGGGAGCAGCAGCUCCAGCGGCUCCAGCUCGGACAGCAGCGACUCGGAAUGAGCUGGGGACACUUGGACACAAAUCCCACACCUCCCUCCCCACGCUCUGCUGUGUCCCCUCCCCUCCUUAACCCUCYCGGGCCACGGUGGUCAGGUUUUAUCCCCUCUGUCUUUUUCUCUCACUUGUUUUUUUUUUAUUUUAUUUUUUAACUCAGUGUUACAAAAAGUAUCUUCUUUUUUUUUUUGGGGGGUGGGGGGGGAGUUCUCUUUUAAUAGGUCAAAGAUCUUUGAGUGCGUGUGUGUGACUAGACUUUAUGACAAAUAGUUCCCUUUGCAUAAAGUCUCUAAAAUUUACAAUUAUCUGGAGAAAAUUGGUUGAAAAUGGAAGAACUUUGAGCUCUUAGCAGGAGAUAAAUAGAAAAUUCUGCAAGGUUUGUAGUACAUUUCCCUUCCAGCCCUUCUCUCUGCCCAGAAUAUUCUCUUUUAAUGAGCCUGCCUGGCUCACACAAGGUAAAAACCAUCUUUUUUUAAAGAAAUCUCUGUAAAAUGGUACUGUAUCUGAAAGAUGUUAGCUUUUGAACUAGUUGGUGUAUUUGUUAUUAGCACUAGUAUUCUUAAUCUCCAAGUCUACAGUGUGAUGAAAAUGUCAGAUGCUAUCAUCUUUUUACAUAAAAACAACAAAAAAAAUCCAAAAAAAUUCUCAUGUACUGUGGAUUGCUAACAUGCUUUUUUUUUUUUAAUCUUGGUAGAGGCAUAGACACCUGUUCAGGAAGGCAUUGAAGCAUGAAUUUAACUUUUUAAGCACACRAGCAAUAGAAGUGAUUGCAUUUCUUGGUUUUAAAAGCUUCACUUUUCCUGGGGACUCGUUGGGAAGAAGGGAGCCAGGGACACACUCAMAUUUCUUGGGAAUGUUAUUUUUAACAUUAAACAGAGAAUUUCCAGGAAAUGGAUGCUCUCUAUGGAAGUUUUCAUUGAAUUGAGAAGAGCUUUUUUGGCUGGAAGUUGUCAGCUGGAGCCUGGAGUGAUCCCUGCAGUGACCAGGACAAGUCAUGUGCCCAUUACUGGACACAUCUUAGGGAUUUUCUCCAUGACAAACACCUCAGUCUGGGCUUAAAAUAAAGCAGCACUUGAGCUCCAGCUGAGGCUGAGCUGGCAGGGGAAGUGGAGAGGGAUUUUGUGUGUGUUUGGGCUUUUUUUGCUUUUUGAGUUUGCUUUGUUUUUUGUUGUUUUUUUUUUCCUUCUCCUCRUCAUUCUGGUAGUGAGCUCCUAGAAGGGGGAUGCUCCUGUGUCAGGCAGGGUGCAGGUUCCAGGCACUGAAAUGUUUUACCUCAAUGAAAAGGAAAAAGAGGGGAAGGAGAAGAAAAAAAAAAAAAGAGCUAAUUUUUUAAAGCUUGCUAUUUUUUUGAGUCCAGCCUAACGUUUUGACCCGCACUGCUGCAAUACACUCUGUUUUCAGUGUCCCUAAUUUCAUGUAUAUACCAUGACUUUAUUUAUUAAUAAACACCAUUGGUUGUUUCAAAGGUAAUAAAACCUAACAAAAGCAAAGCUGGGGUUCUGCAGGCCAGCAGACAGGCAGACUUUUAAUGAGGUUUGAACCAGAUUUAAAAAAAACAAAACAAACAAACAACAAAACAAAUAAAAAUCCACAACUUUAUUUAUAUCCCUUGGACUUUAUACCUACAGGUGCUACAGUCCAGUUUCUUGUGUGUCUGGUGCUCUGUCAUGUUUGGUGUGUUUAUUUUUAGGGUUUUUUUCCCUUGUCUUUUUACCCCAGCCCCCUUUUUUUCCUGUUUUGUACAGAUUUUGGAGACAUACACUUGGAUACAAUUUUAUUUUCUCAGUAAUAUUUCCAGUUGUCUUUUUUCCCCCUCCUCCUUUUUUUCAGAUUUUGGUUGAACAAUGGGGGUUUUAUCCUUUUAUAAUCCAAUUUUAGGAAAACACCAGUUCUAUAAUUAUAUAAAACCUGUAAUCUGAGGGGCAGAAGUUUUAUUGUAAAUUUUUUAUUGUAAAAAAAAAUAUAAAGUUUAACAGAGAGUUCUGCUUUUCCUUCUCCAGCACCAGCCCCUAAAGCUGCCUCUCUACUGUGGAGUAGCCCUAAAAUUCACCUUCCUGUGCUCUCCCAGUGGUGCAAAUUGCUCCAGUUUUUAUUUUCCCCACAGAUGAGUGACUCUGGAGGGAUCCUCAAGCCCAGCACGUGAUUUCCUUUGCACACUCRGCCUCCAGGAGCUGGGACAGGAGAUGCUGUGCUGGGCUCUGGGCUCWGGGGGAUGUCCCUGUGCUGGGAAAUUGGGAAUCACAGCAUUCCAAGGUUUGCACUUCCAGCUGCAUCCAURCUCAGCUCCCAAUCACUCCCUGCCCAUCAKCCAGGGGUGAUUAGCUGGGCACUCRGGCCUUGCAAAAUCUGCUGGUGGUGACCAGAGAUCAUUUCCCACAGCAUUUGAAAAGGAAAAUGUUCUGAUUUUUACUGAAAUUCAUGGUUUUUCUUUUCUAUUAACAAUGGUGUUAUUUUAGUUCUGAUUUUUUUUUUAAUUCUGCCCUUAAAAAAUCCUCCCCCCCAGACAGAUCCUUGGUAAUAUAUUUUCAGAAUUUACUUUGAGGAAAUGUAAUAUUCACCUAAUUAAGAGCUUGGGUUUCUUUUUAAUGGGGUUGGGUUUCACCUGUGUUUCUCCUGUUGCCUGCGACUUGAAUAAUCUGAAUAUUUUAAUGAAUAAUUGCACCUAAUUCACUGCCACGGCCUUUGGAUAAACAAACUCCCASUUUUCCCUUCCUGGGACCUUUUCCUGAGUGCUUGAACCUGAGCUGUGCUGCUGAUGGGACGUGGUGGUGGCUUCUGUUGGGAGAACAAACCAGAGCCUGUGUUGGAGGCCACACAAAAUCUGGGAAUGUGGCUCUGGGAGCAUCCUCUGCCAUCAGGAACAGCCCCUGGAACACACAGACAUCCCUCAAGGAACCACGGGGCUGUGGCACCCAAAUURAUGGGAAAGUUGGAGGCAAAGGGGUGAGAACCACGUGGGAAGUGAUGGGGAAAGGCCUGGUCUGAGAGCGGCUCAGCGCUGGAGGAGGAUCCCUGUUUGAGCUGGAAAAUCAUCCCAGCCUGGGGAUUUUCACGGAAAACAACCUCCAAGGGAAUGGGAACAACCACCUGCACAUCUUCGAUCCACCAGCUUCAACUUGGGCUUCCACUUAUUGGGAAACUUCUCAUGGAAAGUGAGGUGUUCUCGACGGAAUGGAGCAAAGAGAAAUCCAUUUUGGCAUCGCCAAGGAAAGAAAAUGAUGAUUCCUCACUUCCAAAUGUUGUCCUUACACUUUUCCAUUCUCACAUUGUUCGUAGUGCUCAUUAUCCCCACCCUGUUUAUGGGGGUGCCUCCUGUACAUCCCAAGUUUCUCCAGGAAAGAAGAGAUGUUUCCARUCCAGAGUAAGUAGCAGCAGCCCUUAAAUGAGUUGGGAACUGAACCAACAAGAGCAUUUAUUUAACUGAGUUUUAUUGCAUGACAUGUCAGUCCAGAUGUCACGGAUUAACUUUGAAAUGAUCAAACACAGAACGUUUGAAAGAACAUUUUUAAACUUAAGAAUAAAAAAAAAAAA